AUGGUCAGCUCCUGUUGUGGCUCCCUCUGCUCUGGCCAGGGCUGCGGCCUGGAGACCUGCUGCUGCCCCAGCUGCUGUCAGACCACCUGCUGCAGGACCACCUGCUGCCGCCCCAGCUGCUGUGGCUCCAGCUGCUGCCGCCCCAGCUGCUGUGGCUCCCCUGUGGCUGUGCCGCCCUCCUGCUGCAUCUCUAGCUGCUGCCGCCCCAGCUGCUGUGGCUCCAGCGGCUGUGGUUUCGGCUGCUGCCGCCCCUCCUGCUGCAUCUCUAGCUGCUGCCGCCCCAGUUGUUGUGGCUCCAGCGGCUGUGGCUUCGGCUACUGCCCGCCCUGCUGCUGCAGCCCCACCUGCUGCCAGACUACCUGCUGCAGGACCACCUGCUGCCGCCCCUCCUGCUGCAUCUCUAGCUGCUGCCGCCCCAGCUGCUGUGGCUCCAGCUGCUGUGGUUUCGGCUGCUGCCGCCCUCCUCUCAUCUCUACCUGCCUCUCACUCAGCUGCUGCCGCCCCAGCUGCUGUGGCUCCAGCGGCUGUGGCUUCGGCUACUGCCCGCCCUGCUGCUGUCCCUCCUGCUGCCUCCGCCCAGCCUGUGGCCAGGUCUCCUGCCUCACCAACUGCUAUCGCCCCACCUGCGUCAUCUCUACCUGCCCCCGCCCCAUGUGCUGUGCCAUCCCUUGCUGCUGA